UUUGUAUCUCCCUUUCAGGGCACUGACCUUCCUAGACUGGCUUCUCCAUAAUAUGGCUCUUCUCCACAGUCAAAAACCUCAGAUUAAGCCAAAUAAGUUUGGCCCGAACUGGUUGAGUCCCAUUCAGCCUACUUGAUCCUAGACUCACUAAAGUGGACUGUAGAUGCUAUUGGUACAAUACGAAGAUCUAUGGAUGAUAUUGGAUAUUUUUCCUCAAAUAAUAAAUGAGAAAGGGUAUUUCUUUACUUUAGACCUUUCCUGCUAUGUUAUGUUUGACCCAUUCUCAUAAAAGGGAUCAUAAAGUUCUCAGCAUCAACUGAUCUUAGAGGACCUCUCCUUCAGGGCCAAAAUGCACCAGCUGUUUAGUCGGGUACUUGGACAGAGGGACCUGUCUAGAGCUGGAGACCUGUUCUCCCUAGAGGACUCAGAGAUCGAAGACUGCCUCUCUCAAGCUCUGGAUCAGAUCAAGGACAUAUCCUGCGCACCGGACUAUUUGACCAACGACAAUGAUCAGGCGGUGGUCGAGAUAUGCAUCACACGCAUCACUACGGCCAUCAGAGAGACCGGCUCCAUCGAGCGACACAGCACAGCCCUGGUGGGCCUGUGGGAGUCUUGCCUGGAACAUAACCUGACUCCUCAAGGGGAAAGCACUGAAGACACGCCACAUGCAAAGAUAGCCUCUGACAUCACCAGCUGCAUCUUGCAGAACUACAGUUGUCCCUCAGUCAUGGCGCUGGCGGUCCCAGUAGCUGUGCGGUUCUUGCAGAGGGGGAACAGGGAGCUGAGCAGGAACAUGUCCAGCUACCUCUCGCUGGCGGCUAUAGCUAAAGCUGAUCUGCUGGCUGAACAUACAGGGGCCAUAACAGUCAGCGUGCUGGAAGGAAACCACAUGAUGUUACGCGUGCUUCCAUCAGUCUACCACAAACAGCCAGACACCAUUCACCAUCAUCUGGGUAGCCUUACAGCAAUGUUGCCCCAGCUGGAGAGACCCGAGCAGCAACACCUGAUCAGACUUAUUCAGAUGGUUGCAGAGCAGCAUCCACUUAUGCUGAGCACACAUGUGCCCACACUUGUCAGCUAUCUUGGAGAGCACACACUUACAGAGGCUUUGUUGGGUGCUCUUGUGGACGUUUCCCAGGCCAGCCCUUCGUCACUGGUCAGAUUUCUGCCAUCACUGAGGAUGCUGGGACAACAGUCUGCAGCUUUUCUUUGUCAUGUGGCAAAAAUCCAUGGUGCUGUUGGCAUCCUAAGUGAGACCCAUGCCCACAGCUCACUGAUCUACCUGGUCUCCCUACUUGGCAAUAUGGAGCACAGCUUUCACCACACUCUGCUGCAGGAGAUCAGAGCUCUGACUGACAGAUACCCGUCAUUACUGGGAGGCUGUGGGAAAGACAUCUACAGGAUGAGCAACUCAUUUACUGCCAUAGCCAGAGUACUGGAAAGACGACUGGAGGACAAAAAAACCCUUCAGUGCAGCGUGGAUGAAGCACAUCCAUCUUCACGUGGAUCACUACCCACCGGUAGAGUAGGAGGAGAGACGUCUGAGCAGCGACUCCAGGUAAAAGUCCAGAGUUUUGAGGAGAAAACACAGGAUGUGGGAACAGCUGAGGAAGAAGAGGAACGAGACGAUUCCCCUGCUCCGCUGCGACGCCACAGCCUGAGCCAAAGCAUCAGGGAGGAGAGACGGGAGAUGAGAUUCAACAGGUCAAAGAGCCUGGCGCUUCAUACCGCUCGUUCACGCUCCAUCAACUCAGAUACACUGGAGGACAGUGAAGGGGUGGAGCCCAGCACGGACAGCUGUCUUUCCAAUACUCUGUCUAAUCAGCACUCGGACUGCCGUGAAUUUUCAGUUGGAGAAAGGAAACUGAAUGGUGAAAACUCCCUGUAUGUCACAGGGGAGAAAAAGUCAGAAAAAACUCAGAGAAAAGAGGUGAACAGAGCGAGAGCGGCGCAGGAAGAAGUUGACAGACUCUUCGUCCAUUUAAGAGACAGUAUGGAGAAGAUCAGAGAUUUCUGCAAAGAUAUGGUGAAGCGGAUUCCGGUACCAGAGCAGUGUGUAAUUGAAGAUUCAAAACUAGGUUGUGUGGCCAAACUGUCCUUCUCCUGCCCCCUGAAGGGCUAUUACUGCCUGUAUGCCAAAUCCAGUUUCCACCUGACGAGCCAGCAGCCUCACCUUUGGAUUCACAUCAUGCUGCUCCAUCUACAGAGUAAGUCCAGUGUCCCUCUGUCCACCAGAGACAAAAGUGUCCAAAGAUUAUCCUCUCUUUGGGAGAAGACGCAGCUUAAAGGAUCCCACAGCUUUUCCAUGGCAAUGAGGCAGCAAACCACCCCCCAAAGAAAGGACCUGGACAACCUUCAAAUUCAGCUAGAGGAGGUGCGUUUCUUUGACUUGUUUGGGUACAGCGAGGAGGAGGGGGGCUGGCUCUGCUUCAUGUGCAACAACCCUGAAAAGGCCACAGUUGUGAACCAGGAGGGCCAGCCUCUGAUCGAAGGAAAGCUGAAGGAGAAGCAGGUCCGCUGGAAGUUUAUCAAGCGCUGGAAAACCCGAUACUUCACCUUGGCAGGAAACCAGCUCCUCUUCCACCGGGACAAAUCUAAAGAUGAGCUGGAUGACAUUCCCAUUGAGCUGAGCAAGGUGCAGAGUGUCAAGGUGGUGGCUAAGAAACGCAGGGAUCGCGGUCUACCAAGAGCCUUCGAGAUCUUCACAGACAGCAAGUCUUAUGUGUUGAAAGCUGAAGACGAGAAACACGCAGAGGAGUGGCUGCAGUGCAUCAAUGUGGCAGUGGCUCAGGCCAGAGAGAGGGAGAACAGGGAGGCCACCACCUAUCUGUAAGAACAGAUCCAGCACAGACUGACGGGAGCUGAAUCAUUCACAGUGCUGUAUUUAUUUCAGGGGGGGUGCAUGCUUUUACUUUGACUCUUAUGCACAACCACCAGGGCAGAAAGGGAGGAGAUAGAUGUAGAAUAAGGUCACAGAGCCGAGUUGGUGAGUAGGUGUGAAACCGCCUCAGCAAUGCCAGCGUUGUCUUGUAGGCUUGUAGGGGGGCUGAAAGGCAG